AUGGCAAGCACCUCACUUUACCAACCGCUUGACCCAACCCGAGAAGAAUUUCGACUUCUUCGCAUACACCCCACCAACAUCCCGGAAAGUAUCAUCUCGUGCCAGCUCUUCACUGCCAGUCUUGCAGAAGAACCACUGGACAUUACCAAACCCAUUAUCGUUAAUGGUGUCAGAGUCCAGGUUACCCCCAAUCUCGAAGCCGCAUUGCGGCGCAUCCGUCCGUCCGACUCAGAGGUCACCCUCUGGGUCGACGCAGUAUGCAUCAACCAGCAAGAUCUUGACGAAAGAAAUGUCCAGGUGGCCAUGAUGAGCAAAUUGUAUUCCAAGACCAUGUUGACUUACGCAUGGCUGGGUGAAGAUGACGAUGGUAGCGCUGAACGGGUAUUUUCCUUCAUCCGCGGGUUUGUGGGUGAUUUUACCAAUCGUGUCAAGGACAUUGAUCACUUCACUACCAAAUUCGGUAAGGGCCAGUGCGACAACAUGUACUUUGGCCUCCGGGAUUAUAUUGCCCAAAAUCUUCGGGACGGUAAAUCGGCAUUGGGCGUAUCCGGCGUUCUAGAUAUGAGGUUGGUGUUUUCUCGAUCAUACUGGUAUAGGACUUGGAUUCACCAAGAACUCUUUCUUCCAUCCAAAGUAUCAAUGCUUUCCGGCUCGGUGUCUAUAUCAUUCAAUAUGAUGAUAGUUCUUGGAGAUAUCAUCAUCGUCCAAUUCUCUACUCCCAAUCAGGCAACAGGCGCUUUACUUGAUUUCGUUGUGUCCAACAUCACCAUGUCUUAUCCAACGGGCACUACGUUUCUCCAGGCACUUUGCUGUAAUAUCCUCGGAUAUCGCUCCGUCGAUGACUUCCAAUACCGAGUUUCAAUGUAUGACAUCCGUACAUUUUUGCACUGGAUACUGGACUAUGGGAAGGAAAAACCCAUGUUAUAUGGGCGGUUUCCUGCUUUUGUCGAUCAAAACAAUGUCAUGGCCGUUUUUGAAUUCGUUCCAGACGAAAUCUCGAUGAGCUUGCGAUUUGCGGCAGUUACUGGAGCCCUUGAUCACCUGGUUGAACCAUACAAGGACGCUAAAGACCAUAGCGCUUUCCUUUCAAUAACUCCACAACAACGUAUGGCGCCUUUUUGGGGGUCUGAAUCAUAUCCCGACGCUUUCCAAGCAGAUAUAGAGUGGAAAAUUCCUUCAGAAUGCGUCAACCUUGAAACUAUGAGGCGAAGGACCAGAGAUUGGGCCGACAGAAAAAUCUUGAUAGUUACGGAGAAGGGCUAUAUAGGCUUUGCCACCCGUGGUGUCUCGGUAGGGGACGAUGUUUGUAUUGUCGCAGGAUGUCCCUACCCGACUAUCAUACGGCCAUCAGGCAGCCAUUAUCAAGUCAUCGGCGGUGGAUUCAUCUUUGAAAUGAUGGAUGGUGAGUUGUUCAGAGACGGGCACUUGACGAACGACAGUCAGCAAACCUUUGAGUUUGUUUGA